AGGAAAAAAUUGUGCUAGAGUCAUGAAUUAUUCGUAUUGAAAUUCCAUUGGAUGUAUAACAUUUUAUAUAAAGUCAGUGCAAGUCAAGUGCUUUUAGCAGGUUUCACAAUAACAAAAACAGCAGCCUCAGACAACAACAGCAACAGCAUUGAGGAGUACAAAGAGAAAGUUUUUGCACGCCCCCGCAUCUUCAAGUAAAAGAAAUCUGCAUCAUUGUCGUCCUGCUUCAUAACCUGCAACAAUGCAACAGAACGCGACGAGCAAUCCAUUUUCAAUGGCCGCCUAUGGGGAGCGUCCUCAAAUGGGUUUAGAUGUGGAAUUCGGCGCCGAUCCGGCGAGUGGGGCGGCCUUCUUUCAGAGCGAUGGCAGGAAACACGAUGACCUCAAACAGAUGCUCGACAGCAAUAAGGACGGUCUAAAGCUUGAGGCAAUGAAACGCAUCAUUGGAAUGAUAGCUCGGGGACGUGAUGCCAGCGAUUUGUUUCCCGCUGUCGUUAAGAAUGUUGUUUCCAAGAAUAUUGAGGUCAAAAAGCUGGUCUAUGUGUAUCUGGUGCGCUACGCCGAGGAGCAACAGGACCUGGCCUUGCUCUCCAUCUCGACAUUCCAGCGUGCUCUGAAGGACCCCAAUCAGCUGAUACGCGCCUCAGCGUUGCGUGUAUUGUCAUCCAUUCGGGUGAGCAUGAUUGUGCCAAUUGUGAUGUUGGCCAUACGCGAUAGUGCCGCCGAUUUGAGUCCAUAUGUGCGCAAGACAGCGGCACAUGCCAUCCCCAAGCUGUAUUCAUUGGACGCAGAGCAAAAGGAUGAGCUCGUUAUGGUAAUCGAGAAGCUGCUAUCGGAUCGCACAACACUGGUGGUGGGAUCGGCUGUCAUGGCCUUCGAUGAGGUUUGUCCGGAACGCGUCGAUCUUAUACACAAGAACUACCGUAAACUGUGCAAUCUGCUUGUCGAUGUGGACGAAUGGGGUCAGGUCAUCAUUAUUAACAUGCUGACGCGCUAUGCGCGCACACAAUUCGUCGAUCCGAAUGCAGACGAGGAUGAGGGAGCGGCUGAUGCCCCAGCCAGUGAGCGUUUCUAUGAUGAAUCCACCAAUAGUAGCGGCAAUAGCGAUGGAAAUUCCAGCAGCGAAGAUGAGAACGAUGACAACAACAAGUCGAAGUUGCGCAACAGCAGCUCCAACAACAACAACAGCAAUAAUGGAAACAAACGCAGUGCGGGAAACUCACCCAGCAGCAGCUACCACAUCGACCUGGACCAUCGUUUGUUGUUGCGUCAAACGAAACCUUUGCUGCAGUCCCGUAACGCAUCCGUCGUCAUGGCCGUGGCACAGCUCUACCAUCAUUUGGCGCCUCGGAAUGAGGUGCAAUUGAUAGCCAAGGCUCUAAUUCGGUUGUUGCGCUCUCACAAGGAGGUUCAGAGUGUGGUGCUCACGUGCAUUGCGUCGAUGUCGACCAAACGCAAGGCCAUCUUCGAGCCACAUAUCAAGUCCUUCUUUGUGCGCACCAGCGAUCCUACACAUCUGAAGCUUCUCAAGCUGGACAUACUGACAAAUUUGGCCUCGGCAACGAGCAUAUCGCUAAUAUUACGCGAAUUCCAAACCUACAUCUCCAGCAGUGAUCGGUCGUUUGUGGCCGCUACCAUACAGGCCAUUGGACGUUGUGCGGCCAGCAUUAAGGAGGUGACCGAAACAUGCCUCAGCGGAUUAGUCCACUUGCUUUCCAAUCAUGAUGAACAUGUGGUGGCCGAAAGCGUUGUUGUGAUCAAGAAGCUGUUGCAGACCAAGGCUGCGGAACACUUUGAGAUCAUUACACAAAUGGCUAAGCUGAUUGACUAUAUAACAGUGCCGGCGGCACGUGCUGCCAUUAUCUGGCUAAUUGGCGAAUAUAACGAAAAGGUGCCGCACAUAGCGCCCGAUGUGCUACGCAAGAUGGCCAAGUCGUUUGUGGACGAGCAGGAUGUGGUGAAGCUGCAGGUGCUCAACCUGGGCGUCAAGCUCUAUCUGACCAAUGCCGAGCAGACGUCGUUGCUCUGUCAAUAUGUUUUCACACUGGCUCGUUACGACACCAAUUACGAUGUGAGGGAUCGAGCGCGUUUUCUACGUCAGUUUAUCUUCCCAACGAGCGGAACCAGCAGCGUCCUCUCACAGCAUGCUCGCAAAAUCUUUCUGACGGCCAAGCCAGCGCCAGUGCCUGAGAGCAAAUAUCGGGAUACGAAUAACUUCCAGCUGGGCUCGCUCUCUCACUACUUGAACAUGCGUGCUUCGGGCUAUAAGGAGCUGCCCGCUUUUCCUACUGUGGCGCCCGAUGCGAGUGUCCGGAAUAUUGCGGGCUACAUGCAGGAGAAGCUGCCGGGUGAUAGUCCCACGGAUGACACACACUCGAAGGCUGCCAGCGGCGGCAAGUCCUCGAAGAAUCGAGAGAAGAACUUCUUAUCCGAAUCAGAGGAUAAAUCCUCGGCCUAUUCAGAGUCCAGCAGCAGUGCCAGCAGCGGCAGUGACUCGACCAGCUCGUCUGCGUCGUCGGGCAGCGAGAGUGAUGGCGAUGACAACAAUGAUGUGGAUGGCAAACCGGCGCCAGCAGCAGCUGCUUCCAAAGCAAAAGAUGCUGUCAAGACGCCGGUGGCCAAAGUAACACCCACACUACUAGAUGCUGCAUCUGUGCCGGCAGCGGGCAAUAAUAAUAACAACAACGCCAUUGCCUAUUCGGGUACUUCGGACAGCGGGGAGUCCUCCGCUUAUAGUGGGAGCAGCAGUAGUAGCAGCAGUAGCAGCGACGAAGACGACGAUGUGACGGAUAACAACAGAGGCGAUGGGGGCGGGUCGGACAGCGAAGCUGAAAAGGCAUCCAAAUCCAAACCAAAAACCAGCACCAAUAAACCAACUGCAGUGGCAGGCAAAAGCAAUUUGGAUCUGCUGCUCGAUUUGGACGACAUACCGGCCAUUGGACCCGUAUUGACGCCGUCUCUGGGAGGAUUCUUAACGCCUGGCACGCCUAUGCUUCACGGUGCUGCGCUGCAGCCGCAGAGCGUGGAAAGUCACAUUGAACUGGUUGGUCCUUCCCACAUCGAGUUCAAGCACAAGGAACUGCUCAAUAGGAUUACCGGACAUGGCCUGCAAUUAUCGUAUCGCUUCACACGCGCCCCACAUCUCUACUCCUCGGCCAUGUGCUCCAUAGAGCUGCAGUUCCAGAAUCGCUCCCAGGACGAGAUCAGCAACAUACAGAUAGUUCAACAGACCCUGCCAGCGGGCAUGCAGUUGAGUGAGUUCGCUGCCAUUCCAAAGCUGCAGCCCCAGCAGAUAGCAACUGCUGUUCUGGGCGUGGACUUCAAUGACUCAACGCAUGCGAUUGACUUGGAGCUGCAGUCCAGUGCGGGAAAUGCGCGCUUCACACUAAAGCCGCCCAUCGGCGAGCUCGUGAGGGCCGUGCAGAUCAGCGAAAGCUGCCACCAGUUGGAACGCAACAAACUCGGCGGCAUGAACGAACACCAAUGUGUGCUGCGAGGUGUGCAACGGGAAAUUGUGGAUGUGGCGUCGCUCAAACAGAAACUCUACGAGUUCAUCAAUGUGGCCCACACAUAUAGCUCAGCAACAGCGCAAUUGCAUUGCUUCGCCGGCCAGACAUUCGCCUCCAAGAGUCUGGUGCUCAUCACGCUCGAAUGGCAAAAGGACGAGGCGCUCACAUUGGUGGUUAAUUGCGAGAAAAUGGUCAUUGGAUCCAUGGUGUUGAACGAGCUUCGCAACGCCCUCCAACAAAGCUUUGGCAUGUAGAGGAGUAACGAGAUAGAUAGAAAAUGAGAGAGAGAGAGAGAGAACGAGCGCGUGUAGGAGCGGUGCAGCAUAAGAUAGAGCAAGAUAAGCAAGCCUUCUUCUUUCCUAAAUCGUAUACCUAAGUUAGAAGUUUGCUGCAACCACAGCAAACAAUUCUCCAACUCACAAAACACUAUACAUAAAUGUACAUUCAGUUGAAAUUGUUAAAUGAACAAAUUUAUAUUCUUAAACUUAAGCCAAAGCUUACGCAUGGUUUCCGUCAACUCGAAUAUGAACAACUAUUAUGACGCUCUAAACUAGAACAAUGCCGCAAUAAUAAUGACGUAAGCUGAAUUCAAAAUCUAUUGCUUCUAAAUUUUAUAAUACAAUUAAAAACAAACAAACAUUUGUCAUGCA